AUGAUACAGAUUAGAUUGAGCAAGAGACGCCAACAAGAUUGCGACUAUUCAGUAGAGGAUGACGAGCCUUUGCAUGGCAGAAAGUAUCCUGCUGUAACACGUGACGUCCAUGCCGUGAGGUUUGACCGCGAGGUUUCCACUUUGCAAGUCACACCAAUGAAGUCCAACUCCCCGUGUGCCCAGACCUUUGAGGAAUUCGAGAAAGAAAUAAAGCCAGCAAAGCAGACCUCGAACGACGCCGGCGGCAAGCCGCCGGCGGUGAAACGCCUCCGCCCAUCACCGGAACGCCAAGCAACCACAGCCAUGCCUACUCAACUGAGCACCGGCCUGAACUAUGCCACUAUCCAAAGUCCUGAUCUCAUCAAGCUGGUCACCCAGUGUCAGAAUUUGCAGCGGCUAUGGGUACUUGAUUACAUUGAAGACAGUGGCCUAGAUGCUCUAGCUGCAUCUUGCAAAGAUCUGCAAGAACUGAGGGUGUUCCCUUCUGAACCAUGUGACAUGGAGGGAAAUGUAGCCUUGACAGAACAAGGGCUCGUCUCUGUUUCUGAAGGCUGCCCUAAGCUCCACUCUGUGCUAUACUUCUGUCGUCAAAUGACAAAUGCUGCCUUAGUUUCCAUCGCCAAAAAUCGGCCAAACAUGACUCGUUUCCGUCUCUGCAUUAUUGAACCCCGGACUCGUGAUUACCAAACCCUGGAGCCACUUGAUGUGGGUUUUGGCGCCAUUGUUGAGCACUGUAAAGAACUACAUCGCCUUUCCCUCUCUAGUCUUCUCACUGACCGGGUGUUUGAGUACAUUGGAACCCAUGCCAAGAAGCUAGAAAUGCUAUCUGUGGCUUUUGCCGGAGAUGGUGAUUUGGGGCUCCAUCAUGUUCUGUCUGGGUGCAAAAGCCUUCGGAAGUUAGAGAUCAGGGAUUGUCCCUUUGGGGACCAGGCUCCCUUGGCCAAUGCUGCAAAGCAAGAGUACUCAACAAAUGUCCCAGUUGAAUACAACAGCCCGGUGAUAUAA